GGAACUUCAUUCAACUCUUCUUUCAAGCUUCUUUAAUUUGUUAGAGAUUUUGCUCUUCAAGGUGAGGAGAAAUGCAAGUCUUGCAUUUCUUGUUUGGAGUUUUAGGGAAUGCUAUUGCUCUCUUUCUUUUCUUAUCUCCAACGGUUACAUUUAGGAGGAUCAUUAAGAAGAAGACCACAGAGGACUUUUCAGGGGUGCCAUACAACAUGACUCUUCUCAACUGCCUUCUCUCCGCUUGGUAUGGUCUGCCAUUUGUGUCUCCAAAUAAUCUACUUGUAUCAACGAUCAAUGGCACAGGGGCAGUGAUUGAGUUUGUAUAUGUUACCAUCUUCUUGAUAUAUGCUCCAAAGAAGGUAAAGUCACAUAUGAUGGGCUUAUUAGCACUAGUUGUAACCAUAUUUACCUCGGUUGCUCUAGUCUCUGUAUUAGCAAUCCAUGGUCAAACUCGAAAAGUAUUUUGUGGUUCUGCUGCUGUCAUAUUCUCUGUCUGCAUGUACGGCUCACCACUUGCUGUCAUGAGUUUGGUGAUCAAAACAAAAAGCGUGGAGUUCAUGCCUUUCUUACUGUCAUUGCUUGUCUUUUUGUGUGCUACAUUUUGGUUCAUCUAUGGCCUCUUUGGUCAUGACAUCUUCAUUGCGAUACCAAAUGGAUGUGGAAGUGUGCUAGGUGCAAUGCAACUUAUACUAUAUAUGAUAUACAGGAAGAACAAAGGAUCAUUAAGUAAGAGUGCGACUACUUCCACACAAGCUAUUGCUCAUCCAUGUGUUGAGAUUGGAGAUAAGCUCGACAGUGAUAACAACCCUGUUAAUGUUCAUCAGCAUCUCCAUGACUCCUUUGUUGUUGAACAAGUGUAACAUUCUGUCAUAUUUAGUUCAUGAG